CGGCUCCACGGGGCAGCAGGGGGAAGCUGCCGGGGUGAUAGAAAUCGGGAUUGUACAGCGGAUAUAACGUAUUUAAUCCAUCGGGGGUAGCGCGGUCGCCUUGGUGACUGGCGGCGGUUUACGGACCGUCUCCAGAUAACCCAAGUGGUUAUUUGCAGCAGCGGCUCGCUUCCACUUUGUUUCGUGAAAAACUUGCGUUCUGUGGGCAGAGAGAAGUUGAAAACCAGACAUAAAAUGGCCAGCAGCCACAGACCUCCAAUAGCUCGUUCUUCCUCGAGAGCAGGAAUAGGGCUGACCUCGAGGCCUGCCUCUUCGUCACGGACUCCAUCAGCAGCCAGAAUAGGAACAGCGAUGCCUCCUAGUACGGCAAGACCUGGUUCUCGUGGUGGUUCUUUGACUGCUGGAGGAGUUUUAUCAUCUCAGAUUAAAGUUGCAGACCGUCCAGUGACUCAACAAGGAUUAAGUGGAAUAAAAACUGCGAUGAAAGGUCCCCAGAGACAGAUAAUGGAUAAAACCUAUUACCUUGGGGUGCUGAGAAGCAAAACAAAUGAACUCACAACAGAAAUUAACAAGCUGCAGGAAGAAGUAGAAAUGUACAAGCAAGAGAAAUCUGUCUAUUUGUCAUAUGAAAAACGGGCAGAGGCAUUAGCUAGUGAAAUCAAGGAAUUUCAAGGUCAACUAGCAGACUUCAACAUGGUUAUGGAUAUACUUAACACCAGUACAGAUAUGGCAGAAGUGAGCCGCGAUUACAAUAUGUUAAAGGUUCAGAAUGACCAAGACGCUCAGAGUAUGGAUAAAAUUUUCACAGAAAGACAAGCCACAGAAAAGUUAAUUCAAGCUGUAGAAGAAGAUAUUGAACAUGAAAAGGUUGUGGCAGAUGACAUAAUGAAAGAUAUGUCGCAGGAAGAUCAAGCUAAAUAUAUGGAGAUGAAGGCUGCUAAUGAAAAACUCUCCCAGGAAUUGGUUGUUCAACAGCAGGAAUUGGAUGUAUUAAAUGUAAAGGAAGAGAAUCUAAGAGCUGAAAUAGCACAAUCUGGAGUGAAACAGGAAGCUGUGCAUCUGUAUGAAAAGCUCCAUGAGCUCAAGGAACGUCGAGAUCAAAUUAUUGCUGAGGAUAAGAAUAUGGAAUCUCCGCAGGAGGAAAGAGAGAGAUUACUAAAGCAGGUUAAAGACGAUAGUCAAAAAAUAGCAAGCAUGGAAAUACAGCUGGCAGAAGUAAAAGAAAAAACAAACCAUUUUAAAAAGGUCAUUCAACAACUUGAUAUGGAUCUGGAGAAUCAUCGAGGAGAAGAAAAUUGGAAAUACAGAGAGCUCAAGAAGAGUGAAGAAAACAUGGACAAUUUUCUUGAGACUUUUGAAGAGGUUAAGAAACAGGAAUUUGAAAGAAAGGCCCAAAUAGAAGCCAACAUUGUUGCACUCCUGGAGCACUCAAGCAGGAAUCUGAAUCAUAUGAAACAAAUUUCAUCUGUUACAAAUCAAGAGCUGAAGAUUAUGCAGGAAGACCUCACUUUCAAAUCAAAUGAAAUGCAGAAGUCACAGAGCACUGCUAAGAAUCUGGUUACAGAGAGUCAAAAACUGCAGAUGGACCUACAGAAGAUGGAACUAUUGGAGGGCAAGAUGAUUGGUGAACUGGCUUCUCUUAAAGACAAAAUUGAACAGACAAAAGCAGAGUUGGAGGUCUACAAUAAUUUGCCAGCUCUGAAAGCAUCAGGAGAAGAGAAGGAAAAGAGACUCCAGGAUGACAAAGAAAAAUUAACAAAGCGCAGCUAUUCUUUCAAGAAGAUAAUGGAACACUUGAAUACAGAGUAUGAGACACUAAAAAAGGAGCUGCAAGAAAACGAGACACAUUCUCAGCUUACAAAUUUGGAGAGGAAGUGGCAGCACCAUGAGCAAAAUAACUUUAUGAUGAAGGAAUUCAUAGCAACAAAAAGCCAGGAGAGUGACUACCAGCCAAUAAUGAAGAACGUGAGAAAGCUGGUCAGAGAAUACAACAAGGCUCUCAUAGAAGCUUUACAGAACACCAAGAACUGAACCCAGGCAUUUCCUUCCUGCCCCAAUGGAUCAACAAUUAGAGAUGUGCACAGCCGGCAUGGAAAGCUGGACUACUGAGCUCAUUCACUCACCACUAUGGUGACAGAUAUUCUUAAAAGUAUUUUUCAAGGUUUUUAAAAGUUACAGGUUUUAAUAGUAUCCCUCCUUUUGCACUGUUUAAAAUUUUUAGAAAUAAACUUCUGAAUUUUAGAAACUUGUAUAAACAAAAAGGAAAUACUGCCCAAAGAGUUACUGAAGCCCAUUGCUAAAUUGCAUCUCAAAUGUGAAAUUUCAGUCUGCUUUACAUGUUUAAUUUCUAACUGUAACAUCAUCAUACCAUCUCUAUUUAGAUAGCAAUUUAUAUCAAGUACGGAAAACAUCUAAGGAUGACAAGCAUCUUUUAAAGUCAGAAUUGCUUUGUAGUGUAAAAAUCUUACAAUAAAAGUAAAUGCCAGCAAAUUUUCAUUUCCUAAUGAACUUCCUUAUUUUUAAAAUGUAAUUAUAAAGAGAGAACUAUGAUAAAAAAGUAGUGAACUGUAGCUAAUACUGAUUUUAUGGAGCAUUUUACUGCUGUAAUAUUCACCAGUAAAGGAAAUAAAAGGGAAAAUAACUAGUA